CUUUCCUUCAACAAACAAGCAUUCCACCCAUUUUUCAUUGAAUUUGAUAUCGUUUGCUUAUAAUACCUUAAAGAAAUGUCUUCUAAAAGUGAAAAAGAUCGAGCCAAACAAAUCCAGGACAGAUGUCAGAACAUAUUGAUGCAAAUGUUGAAGGAUGAAGACAAUAAAUAUUGUGUUGAUUGCGAUGCUAAAGGUCCCCGUUGGGCAUCAUGGAACUUGGGAAUAUUCCUCUGCAUCAGAUGCGCGGGCAUCCACCGAAAUCUUGGUGUGCACAUCUCCAAGGUGAAGAGCGUCAACCUCGAUUCUUGGACACCGGAACAAGUUGUAUCCCUGCAACAAAUGGGCAAUUCCCGCGCCCGUGCAGUCUACGAAGCUAACUUACCAGACUCCUUCCGAAGGCCACAGAACGACUCCUCGCUCGAAGCCUUCAUCAGAGCCAAGUACGAACAGAAGAAAUACAUCGCUAAGGAGUGGGUGCCUCCUGCGCUGCCUAAGGUUAACUGGGAUAAAGAGAUUGAUGAAGAAAUAGAGAGGCAAAAACGAAAAAAGAAAUCCACCACCUCGGGCUUAGGGCCACUGCCUGCGCCCUCCACUAGUGAUAAGAAAUAUAAUAAGUCUGACAUCAUUCCCAGUAUUCCAAAACCGAAAUCGUCAGUAAGUCCAAAAUUGGGCAGGUCCACACCACCUACGGGCCAAUCAGAUGCGAGCAAAGCCUCCAAUGGAGCUGCGGAUCUUCUUGGACUGGACACAGGGUCCAAACCUGACGCAAAACCAGCCAACGACGACAUAUUCUCGAGCUUUUUCUCAGCACCUCAAGAGAAACCAGCGGAAACGAAACCAGAAGACCUCAAGCCGGACCUGAAGACUGAAGAGGAGAACUUCUUCAAGCAGGCUGCCCCCACAGAGAAGGAGAAAUCAAAGUUAACAAAGGACAGUAUAUUAGCGUUAUACAGUCAGACACCUUCAACUAAUUUAGUGAAUCAAUUUAACCCCGUACCCCCAGUACAACCGGUGCAGCCCACCUACCCAGCAUUCGGCAACGUGUAUCAAGCUGGUUACAGCAACAUGCCUGUACAAAACGGUAUGCAAUUCAAUCAAUUCCCCAUGAACAGUCAGUUCCAGCAACCAUUCCCGGGACAGGUACAGCAACCGUUGCAGAAUCAGCCUUUCCAGAGUAAUCCACCGUUCCAAAGUAAUCAGUUUUUCAAUCAGCCCCAGCAAGGUUUGUCUCAACAGUUCAACAGUUUGAACUUAGGGCAGAGUUUUCCGAACGCGUUCGCGUCGACCAACACGAACGUUGCUAGCAACACCACUUGGCAGUAGACUGUAAUGUAGUAUUUUCUUUUUCUAUUAUUUACCGCAG